AUGAAACGGUUUACAGCAAAGAUUGUGGAUUUGAUGAAGCAAGAGAAUCUCUAUGCAUCACAAGGAGGACCUAUCAUUUUAUCUCAGAUUGAAAAUGAGUAUGGAAACGUUGAUAUACACUAUGGUCCUGCUGGUAAAUCUUACAUCAAUUGGGCAGCAUCGAUGGCUACAUCUCUUGAUACAGGUAAGGAUUUAAAAGACUCACGAGUGCUAACUGAUGUCGGUGACGUCCCUAUUCAAGAAAUUCGAGAUUGUGGCGUAGAUGAUAAAAGAUUGAUGAGUGUCAUUGGCGAAUCUGUCAAGUUAGUGAUGGAAGAGGCUCCUCUAAGACCCUUAGUUUUAGGUGGUGAUCACUCAAUAUCAUUUCCAGUUAUUAGAGCUGUCUCGGAGAAGCUUGGAGGACCAGUUGAUGUUCUUCAUAUUGAUGCGCAUCCUGACAACUAUGAUGCAUUUGAAGGGAACAUUUAUUCGCAUGCUUCUUCCUUUGCUCGUGUCAUGGAGGGUGACUAUGUUCGGCGACUCUUGCAGGUUGGUAUUCGAUCAAUAACAGCUGAAGGACAGGACCUGAAACUAGGGGAAGGUGUGAAAGGGGUGUAUAUCUCGAUAGACGUGGAUUGUCUUGAUCCUGCAUUUGCUCCGGGAGUGUCUCAUAUUGAACCGGGAGGUCUUUCUUUCCGCGAUGUUCUUAACAUCCUACACAAUCUUCAAGGUGAUGUUGUUGCUGGAGACGUCGUUGAACUCAACCCACAACGCGAUACUGUUGAUGGAAUGACUGCUAUGGUAGCUGCUAAGUUGGUCAGAGAAAUGGCUGCAAAGAUUGCAAAAUGA